AUGAAGAUGAUGAGUGUUUUUGGGACCAUUAAGAUGAAUCCUACUAAUCAAUAUUUAAGGAAAAUUUUUGAUCUGAAAGAGAAUGAAUAUUCAAGUAAUAGUUGUAUAACAUAUGGAAUUUGGUCAAAGUAUAAUCCUCUUAGUACAAUUACUUAGAUAGGAAAAUUUGGAUUAUUUGAUAAUCAUUGCUUUCAUUUACAUAAUGCAAUUGAUUAGGAAUCUAAAAGUUUAAAUCUGAUUUAUUAUGACUGUUUAGACUCUGUUUCAAAGAAAAUAACAAAGACUCUUCUAUUUAUUAAUAAUUCAGAUGAAUAAAAUAGAUUUGAAAUAAUUAUUAAUCCAUUUGAUUAUGAAAACACUUGGUUUUAUUUAUAGAUUGUAGUAUGGCCAUUAUAGGAUAUAUUUAAAUUGAUAAUUAUGAAAAGAAUUGAAAUAUUACUUGAAACAACAAAAUAGAUGAAAUAUCCAUUUAAAGAUAAGAAUUUAAUAUUAUCUUUUGGAGGUAAUUUUAUAGUACGUAAUUCAAAGAUACAUGAUUUAUAGAUAGACCAAAUAUUUACAUAUUUUCCAGGUCCUAUUAUUUUAUAAGACUUAUAAAUUUCAAGUAUAAAUCUUAAUUUUUCAUUUAUUGAUUCUGCAAAUAAAGUAUAUAAUUCAAUUAAGACUUGUGUUUGUUCACAAAAUACUAUAUUCUUGAUUGGAGAUAUGGAUGUUAAGAAUUAAGAUAUGAAUACAUUUAUUUCUGAGAAAAUAAAUUGUGAUUCAUUUAUAUUAGUAGGAUGGAUUAAAGUUAAGGAAAUUGUAAAUUCAUCUUAGCAACUCACUUAUUAACUAAUCAAAAUAUCAGCUAAUUUAUUAGAUCCAAUAUUUUAAAAUCAAAAUUUAUCACCGUUCUAAUUAUUUUAUCAUUUUAGUGCAGGUAAAAAUGAAAUAGAAAUCACUACCUAUAGUUAUACAUUUCCAGAUAUCUCUAUUGAUUUUUCGAAUAAUUCCUUUCUUUUAUAGAAAAGAUUCUUAAUUUAAAAUAAAAUUAGUUUAUGGCAUUAUAUUAAAGUUGAAUUAUAAAAAAAUAAAUUUAGUGUGAAAAUACUAUUUUAUGAAGGUAAAACUACUUUUAAUUAUGAUGUAAACUUUGAUGUACAUUAGUUUUAGAAUUGUUAAUUUAAAGUAUAAUAUGGAAAUAUUUUAUAAACUAAAACUAAUUAUUUGAACAUAUAAAUGAGGAAUCUAGAGUUUUAUAAUUGUUAUAAAAAACUUACAUAAUUAAGUUGUCAUUAUAGUUGUUUAGAAUGUGAUGGUCCAACAAAUCAGGAUUGUUUAUCUUGUUCAAUAGAAUCAUAAAGAACAUAUAAUCCUGAAUAUAAAGUUUGCAUUUGUCCAUUUAAUACAAUAGAUAAUCAAAAUCAAUGUUAAUCAUACUAAUAAUCAAAUCUAAGAUUAAUUAAAGUUGAAGAUUCAAUUAUAAGUUAGAAAUGUAAAUAUGGAUAUUUUGAGAUAGAUGGAGAAUGUGUUAAAUGGUAUAAUUGUUAUUAAAACACCUAGUCCUUCAAUGAUAAAGGAAUAAUUUAUUAGUUGCUUUGAAUGCUUAAACAACCCAAAAUCAUGGUUUGAGUAUCCUACUUGCUAAAGAGUCUAUGUUAUUAAACCUAAUAUUACUAUUGAUGAAGCAUAUGUACCAUUCGGUUAAAUCCAAUAUUAUUAUGAUGGAAUAUAAAUUAAUCCUAUUCAUUAUACUCAUUCAUUAGCAACAUAAGUUAAUUUUCCAAAUAUUAAUGGAAUUUUUAAGGAAUUUUAACUAGCCUCAAUCUAUUUUAGAUAAUUUUGUUAAUAAAUGGAUUUUUAAGAAUCUGAUUAAUUCAUUUGUUAUGAAUGCUUCAUUUAAAAUUGUUAGGUUUGUUAAUUGACAUUAACUACUUUAGAAUGUAUAAAAUGUUAUAGUAAUUAUAAAUUAAUUGAUGGUUAGUGUAAAUAAUAAUCUGAAAUUAAUUAAAAAUCUGAAUUAAUUUGUUUACCACCAUUUUAUUAUUCAUUUCAAAAAUAAUGUAAAUUAUGUUAAAUCAAAAAUUGCAUAUAUUGUUUUGAAUACUAAUUAAAUGAUUUAAAUGUAUGUUCAUUAGUGAAAGUUGCUGAAUUUAAAUUAAGAUAUUUAAGUGAUAUCUAAAUAGGUUGUGCACUUUGUGAAGAAAACUAUAUAUUUGAUUUCACUUUAGGGUUAUGCUUAAAACAAAUACCUGAUAUUGAAAAUUGUUAAAGAUCUUAUAUAAAUUUAUAAAGUUAAGAGUAAUGUGUUUCAUCAAUGAAUGAUGACUUUUCUAUUGCCCCAGAAAUAUCUAAUUGUUAAAAAUAUAUUCAAAAUUGCAAUAUAUGCUCUAUUAAUAUUGAAAAAGAAAUUAAAUGUGUUAUAUGCUAAGAUAAAUAUAUAAUAGAAAAUAAUAAAUGUUAUUAAAACGUAGAAUUUAAUAUGGAGGAAAACUUAUUUUCAAAUUAGAAAAAUAAGAUAUAAAGUUUUAUUCUUUAAUUUGUACCAUAUUUGAAACAACAAGUUUACAACACUUUCCUAAAUUCAUUAAAUGUUAUUUAAAAAUAAACUUGUGAUCCUGAAUGCAUUUUAUGUCAUUAGACUGGUUCAUAUUGUAAAAUAUGUCCAUUAAAUUAUUAUAAAAAAUAUAUAAUAACAGAGAAAAGCAAAUCAUGUACCUAUUGUCAUCCAUUAUGUGAAACAUGUUUAACUCGUUCUGAUAAAGAUAUAUAAGUAAGAAAAUCAAAUAUCAUCAUUAGCUUAAUUUUCCAAAUUUUAUUGUAAAUCAGGAAAAUUCCAUAUAUACUAAGAAAUGCAUAAAACCAUAUUAAGAUCCUUCUAUAUUUUAUGAUUAAUAUAAUGAAAUUGUUAGAUAUUGUUUUAAUUAAGAUUGUAAAGAUAAAUUUAUUUUUGAUAUUUCAUAUAUCUCAUGUGAUUUUACAAGAUUUAAUAGAAUGUAUGAAUCCAUGAUCAAUACCUAAUAUUGUAAUUAAAUUGGAAUUUAAUUUUUAACAGUUAAUUUCACAUUUUUAGUCUCAUAAAAAUCCUGCUUUCUAUUUAUACCAUUAGAUUUCUAGACUUUACUAAAACAAAAAGUAUUAACUUUAAAAAGAGUAGAAUUCAUAUUAUAAUCAAAACAAUAAUUAGAAAUUUCUUUAGCUACAAAUAAUUCAUUCAGAAAUUUUGAUUAAGUGGAGAUUAAUAAUUUAAGUUUUGUGAUUGAUGCAGAUUAAUUCUUCAUAUUGUAAAAUGGUAAUAAUAAAAUUGAUUUAAUACUUUCAAAUUUUACUAUUAAUUAAAGUAUACUUUAGAAUAUUGAUUCCUUAUUUAUUGCAGAAAUAUUUGGUAAUAUUAUUUUGAAUAAUGUUACCAUUUAAAAUACUACAUUUAUUAAUUCCUCAUUAUUUAAUUUUUAAUCAUAUUAAGUAUAAGGAAUAAUUUAAAUAACAAAUUUAUAAAUUUUAAAUUGUACUUUUAUAGAAUCAGCACUAUUUAAAAUAUCAAAAAUAUAAUCUAUAAUAUCUUUAACAAACUUUAUUUUAGAUUAAUCACUCUUAAGAAAUUCAUCUAUCUUUAGUUUUUAUAUUAGUUAUUCCUAAUAAUAAAGAUAUCUAAAUGCAUUUAAUAUAAUUAUAAAAAAUAGUAAUUUCUCUCACUCAUAUUUUAUAAAUUGCACAAAUUAAAUAGAAGUAAGUUUAUCUGAUUUUCAAUUUCAUUUAAACUUUUUAGAAGUAUCUGUAAUUUUAUCAAUUAGUAAUAAAAUUUCAAUGACUAGGAUAAAUAUAUAUUAAAAUAAAUACUCUUUUUCGUAAUUCUUAUCAAUAACUUAAAUAUUGUUGAAAAAUCAAUUAAUUUGUAGCAUUUAUAAUUUUAAAGCAAAUCAAAAUCAUUUUCAAGCUUCCAAUUUAAUUUUGAUAUUUUCAACAUUUUCAACAAAUUCACUUAUUAUACAUUUUGAAGAUUUUACAAUAAUUGAAAAUUAUAAAUCUUCUAAAUAAAAUUAAAACAUAUAACUUUUUUGUGUGAAUAGUUAAGAAAUUCACAUAUCACAUUUUUUAAUUGUUGAUAAUCAUGAUUAAGUGAUAUUUUACUUAUCCGAAAAUACUUAUAUAUCAAUUACAAAUAUCACAUAUUAUAAUACCAUCCUUGAUUUUAAAAUUCCUCUAUCCUUAAAAUGUUUAAUAACCAAUAAAACAAAUAAAUUACUAUAUAUUUUUGGGUUUACUAGUAUAUAAAUUACCAAUAUACAAAUAUUUAAUAUUCUAAGUAUUGAUGAACCUAUAAUCUAAAUUAAUCCAAGUUAACAAAAUUUAACAUAUGUUACUCGUUAGAUUUAGAUAAUUAAUGUUACAUUUACUAAAAAUAUCCUCAUUUAAUCAUCUUUAAUUAAUCUGAUUUCUUUAUUAAUUAUAGAAUCAGAUAAAAUGGCAAACAUUUUACUAUAAAAUAUUUUAUAUGAAGAAAACUUUCUGCAUUCUUAUACUAGUACUGCAAUAAGAGAAAUAGCCAGUCUUUUGUACAUCUCCUCAUCCUUAAGUAAAUUAAAAAUUGAGAAUUUAAUUUGUACAAAUAAUGCAUUUACUAAUUCUUCGAAUUCCUUUAUUGCAAUAAUGUCAGCUGAUAUAAUGCUUUUCAAUUAUACUAUUAAUAAUCACAAUUAUCUAUCUUAAUAAUUAUGGACUAAAUAUUAUGAAUUGUAAUUCAAUCAAAGUCUAAAUCAAUAAAACUUAAAUGAAAUUAUUUUCUAAAUUUUAUAGAUUAAGAAUAUUGGAGGAGCAGGAUAAUUUUCAGUUUAAAGUAUGUCUUGUAUAAAUUGUACAUUUUCAAAAAUUCUUGCAAUGUAAAGCUCUAUUUUUGAUAUUACAACAACUGAACGAGGCUAAAUAUAACUAUUUAAUAUUACUAUAAAUUAAAUAGAGAAUAAUUUAUUAUCAAUUGAAAAAGGUUCAGGAUGCAUUAAUAUUUAUUCAUCAAAUAGUGCAUUGAAUCUAAAUGUAGUAAAUGCACUUUUUACAAAUAUUUUUAAUAGAAUUGCUCCUUCUAUAUUCACUAUUAUUCCCUCUAAAUCAUCAAAUAUUAUUUUAUUAAAGAAUAUUUAAAUUACAAAUUGUAUUUCAUUGCUCAAUUAAAUAAUAAAUGUUUAAUUCUCAUCAUCUAAAGCUAAAGAAAAUAUAAUAACCAUAGAAAAUAUGAGAAUCCUUUAAAAUUAACAAAUUUGGUUGAAUUAUUUCUUAAAAAUUAGAGAUUUAUUAAUCCAGGAAAUAACAGAUACUAUAAAUAAUUAGAAUUCUAUGAUAUCUUUUCAAAAUUGUAUAAUCUAUAUAUAAGAUUUUGUUAUUGAAGGAAUUAUUAUCAAUUCUAUUUUUUAAUUUACAAAUUUACCUAAAUUAUAGCUUUAUAAUGUUAUUAUUGAUAAUAUUUAAAUGUUAUAUUCAUUCAAGUUAAUUUAAGUAACAUAAAUAUAAUAGAUUUAAUCUAUAAUUUAAAUAGAACAUUUAAUCAUUAAAAAUACUUAGCUUUAUAAAAAUGAUGUAAGUUCUUAUUAAGAUUAUAUAUAAAGAAAUUAUAAUAUUAGAGGAUGUAACAUUAUUUAACAAUAUACUGAAAGUAAUUAGAAAGAUUAUUUUUAGAUAAUUCUUAAUUCUCUUCAAUAAAAUACUUAUUUAGAAAGCUCUCUAAUAUAUUUUUAAAGUAUCUCUAAUUAAAAUGGUUUCUAUUUUAAAGAUAUUACUUUUGAACACAAUUAUUGUUAAUAAUGUGAUAAGGGGCUGCUUUUUAUUGAAAUUUCUGAUUUCAAUUAUAUUAAAUUUUAGAAUUUCAAUUGUAUCUAUAAUUCAAUCAAACAAUUUGGAUGUUUACUUUUUUCAUAAUAAACAGAUCUUAUAUCAAAAAUCUAAAUUAUUAAUUCCAAUUUCCUUUUUAAUAAUGGAAGUCAAGGUGUUGCUAUAACUGCUUUAAGAACUAAUCUAUAAAUUAAAUCAUGUAAAAUAAUCAACAAUGUUGCAGAAUCUUUUGGAGGAGGUUUAUAUAUGUCAGUAUAAUCUUCUGGUUUUAAUAUUAAAAAAUCUAUUAUUACCGGAAAUACAGCUAGAAUAGGAGGGGGUAUAUAUUUGCAAGAUGAUAGCAAUAUCAAUAAUGAUAAUUUUAUAGAAUCCUUAUUGUAUUUCAAUAAUGCUGAAGAAUAUGCAAAUAAUAUUAAAGAAAUACCAAAUCAUUUAGCUUUUGUUAUCAAUUACUUAGAGAACCCAUAUAAAUCUGUUCUAUAAAAUAAUGAAUAGAUAAAUAAAUUGGAUUUAAAAAUAUAUAGAAUGAUUGAAUAAGGAAUUGAAAUUUUUGCUAAAGAUUUAUUGAUUCCAAGUAAUUAGAUAUUAAAGACAUUUCAGAUUUUUGAUAUACAUAAUUCAAAUUACUAGCCUUUUAUAAAAGAUAUACGCUUGUAUUUUAAAAAUACUAGAAAUGAACAUAUGCAUAAUUUAGUAAAUUCAACUUGUACAGUAAAGGAUAAGAUAAUAGCAAAAGAUUAACAAGAAUUAUUAGAUAGAUCAGUUAAUUAAUAUUUAUUUUUUGAUAAUGAAAAAAAUUCCUUUGAUUUUGGGUCGUUAACAUUUAGGUUAGAUCCAUAUUAAUAAAAUUAUAGCCAUCUGGAGAUUGAAAUAAGCUGCUAAAUAAAAGAAUCAAAAAAAACAUUGAAAUAUAUACUAGAUGCUAAGAGCUUAAAAUGUUAAUUAGGAGAAUUUUAUGUUGAUAAUGGAUGCUAAAUAUGUUAAUCAAAUUAAGGGUAUUAUUCUGUUACAUAUAAUUCAACAAAGUGUUCUAUUUUUGAUAAAGAUAAAUACUAUAAUAUUACUUCAAAUAUGAUUUAAUUACUUCCAGGAUUUUGGAGACCUAAUAAUUUUUCUGAUUAUGUAGAAUCUUGUUUCAAGAAUCCCUUAUUUUGUAAUGGUGGAUGGUAGGUUUCUGAUUAGACAUGUAGUUUAGGACAUAUAGGAGCUUUAUGUGAAGAAUGUGAUAUUUAUAAUAUUAGAGGACAUGGAAAUUAUUUUAAAAACUAUUGGGAUUAGAAUUGUUUAAAAUGUUAAUUUUAAUGGAGUAACAUAUUGCCAUUUUUAGUAGGCUGUCUUUGGUAUUAUAUUGUUAAUAAUAUAAUAAUAGGACUAUUAUAUCUAUUUCAAUGUCCUUAAGAAGUAUCUCUAGAUCUAAUUCAUUAUAUGCUUCACUAAUAAUGGCAUAAAGAUUUAGCAAAAUACUAUUUAAAUUAAAUUAAGGUAAAUAAUAUUUAUAAAUUUUAGAUUAAGAGAGCAUAUAAUUAAAAAUGAUGAUUAAUUAUAUAUGGAUAUUUAGUGUUAUUUUUACAUUUAACAUUAGAUUUUCAUUUUCUUUACUAUUUAUUGAAUAAACUAGUGAUACCUCAUAUUUUAUUGCAAAAGAUUUCGAUUGCUAAAUAUCUUCAAUUGAACAAAUUCCUAUUGUUUAUUUGAAAAUAUUCACAAUGUUAAUCUUUAUGAUUAUCCUCUUUAUUUUCACAGUUGCAGGAUCAAUUAUAUAUUCACUAAUUAUUAAAUAAAAAUAUGAUCUGAGUCUCCUUUCAAACACAGCUCUUUACUUAUAUGUUUUCAAUUAUGCAGGAUUAAUAAAGAUGUAUAUUAUUAUUAUUUAAAAUUAAAUAGGUUUUCAUCAUUGAUUUCUAAACGAGUAGUCUCUAAUAAUCAUUACAUUUAAGGUGAUGUAUCAUUAAAAUAUGGGUCUCAAGAUCAUUGGUUGUGGAUGUAUUCUUUUAUUAUUCCUGGAUUGUUUGUUAUAGGUGGGUUGAUACCUAUAUUGAUAUUUAUUUUAUUGAUGGUAAAUAAAACUCGCCUAGAGAAAAUUAAACUUAGAAGACACAUUUGUUAUUUGUUAAAUGAAUACAAAUAAUAAAGAUAUUAUUGGGAACUCAUAAAACUAUUUAUGAAAUCAAUCAUAAUAUUUAUAAUGACAAAUUUUGAAACAGAUAUUGUCUUAAAAGCAUCAUUGUUAGGAUUAUGUUUAUUAGUAUAUCAAAUAUUGGCAACCUUUCAUUAACCAUUUAUUAUUUAAAAAUAUAAUACAUUAGACCUAUAAACAAGUCAAAUAUGUUCAAUUUCUAUAUUUUUAGCUAUAACUAAAUACAUUUGUGAAUAAAAUAAUUAUGUGUCUCCCUCUACUAUACUCUAAAUUUUUAUAAUAGGAUGUUUUAUUAAACUUUGUUAUCCGUUUAUUUUUGGAAUUGCAAGGAGUUAUUUUAAAAAGUAUUAAUACUUCUUUUUAAAUAAAUUACAUUUCCUUUUAAAUUAGAAAGUACCAAAUUUCUUUUUUACAAAAAUAUUAAUGAAUAUAUUAGAAAAAUAAAAAUUAAGGGAAUAGAAAUUGAAAAAUCAUAUUACUAAAUUGAAGAAUCAUUUAAUUUAUUUCUCAAAAAUAUAAUUAAGAAACUCAAAAUAAAUAAUGACAGGUUUCUAUUCGAGUUCAUAAAGCUCAAGAAUUCAUAGUAUAAAAUCAAGUAGAAUAGGUAUUGAAAAAUUAUAUUUUGAUCCUAAUGAAUAAGAUGAAUUUACUAAAAGAUGA